AUGGACGCCAACGUCCAGAGACUCUUGAACGACAAGCUCUAUGACAAACGUAAAGUCGGAGCGCUCGAGUUGGAACGCGUCAUUCGGGAUCUUGUAGCCUCCAAAGACUACAACAGAGUUGAAGCGAUCCUUGAGCAGCUUUGCAACGAGUAUGCAUAUGCGGUUCAUCAGCCCCAUGCCAGGAAUGGCGGCUUGAUCGGCUUAGCAGCGGCUGGAAUCGCUCUAGGUUCAGAACUAGCUCGUUACUUGGCCAAGAUUGUCCCGCCUGUACUCGCAUGCUUCACCGAUCAGGAUGCCAGAGUGCGGUAUUACGCCUGUGAGGCCAUGUACAACAUCGCCAAGGUUGCGAAAGGCGAGAUAUUGAUCUAUUUCAACAACAUUUUUGAUGCUCUUUGUAAAUUAGGCGCUGAUUCUGAACUGUCAGUGAAGAACGGAGCGGAACUCCUUGAUCGGCUUGUCAAAGAUAUUGUCUCCGAGUCGGCAGCCUCUUAUGUCUCUGUCCUCGAGACCGAGCCUGAGUUUGGCGGGCCAGAGAAAGACUUCAGCGAGGACCGGCCUCGUCCUCCAACUGCCUUCUCCCUACAGCGGUUCAUCCCACUUCUGAAGGAUCGAAUAUGGGUUAUAAACCCAUUCACUCGCCAAUUCCUCGUAGGCUGGAUCACUCUUCUAGAUUCUAUCCCAGACCUUGAGAUUGUCACUUUCCUCCCCGACUUCCUCGCCGGCUUACUUAAGUUCCUGAGUGAUACCAACAAGGACGUGCAAGUGGCCACACAGGCCUGCCUGAACAAAUUCCUCAACGAAAUCAAGAGAAUCUCCAGGGUCAAGAAAGGCUUGGCGGAGAGCAAGAAGUCUCGAGAGGGCGGCAAGAGGAAACGAGAGGACUCUGUUGAUUCAGGCAGCCUCCGCGAUGGCCUGCAGGAAGGCGACGAGAUUGACUCUCAGAUGUCGGGGGAUGACGACGAUGUGAGCGCCGAAGAAGACUGGGUGCCUGGGCAGGACGUCCACAUCAACUACCGAGAGAUCCUCGAUAUUUUGACGGCGACCUUGGACUCUCCACUAGAAGACGCAACGUUACCCGAGUCACUGCGCUGGAUCGUUGAGUUCCUCGACAUUUGUCCAGAAGAGGUUUUGCCGUUCACGCCCAAGGUUCUUGCGCACAUGUUGCCCGCCAUGGCAAGUGGCUCAGAAUCGAUUCGUCAAGCCGCAGUCCGGGUCAACAGUGGUCUGUUGGACUACGUUGUGUCAUUAUCGGAUGAACCCGAUAUGGGAACGCAGUAUCACCACCAAUCACGCCUGCCAACGUUCGGAGAACGGCCGGAUGGCACUGUUAGUGCUCGUGCCUCCCUUUCCAGCUCCCGUGAGCUCGAUGUACGAAGUCCGACGCCCGCCCAUAAUCGCUCCAUCUCAACACCCAGCGCUGUUCCGUCUUCAGCCCACCCACAGGCGGAUCUUGACUACGCAGCUGCAGUCAGCGCUCUUACGUUGCUCUUCCUCAACGAUCAUGAGGCUACGAGGGUGGCUGCCUUGACGUGGCUUAUCAUGCUGCACAGGAAAGCACCGCGCAAGGUACUAGCAUUCAACGAUGGAACCUUCCCGGCUCUGCUCAAGACGCUGUCUGAUCCAGCAGAAGCUGUCGUGACCAAGGAUCUGCAACUGCUAUCCCAGAUUUCACGCAAUAGCGAAGACGACUACUUUUCCAACUUCAUGGUCAAUCUCUUGCAGCUUUUCGCUACAGACAGAAAGCUGCUUGAAACCCGUGGAAACCUUAUCAUCCGACAGCUCUGUGUCAGUCUUAGCGCCGAGAGGAUCUACAGAACACUGGCAGACUGCAUUGAGAAGGAAGAGGAUGUUGAAUUCGCCAGCAUCAUGGUACAGAUUUUGAACAACAACUUGAUUACCGCACCAGAGCUGGCAGAUCUUCGGAAGAGGCUACGCAAUCUCGAGACAAAGGACGGUCAAGCUUUCUUCGUAGCUCUCUUCCGCUCUUGGUGUUACAACGCCGUUGCGACAUUCUCGCUAUGCCUGCUGGCACAGGCAUACGAGCAAGCAUACAACCUCUUGCAGAUAUUUGCGGAAUUGGAGAUGACCGUGAAUAUUCUUAUUCAAAUAGACAAGCUUGUACAACUCAUCGAAUCACCAGUAUUCACGUAUCUCCGCCUCCAGCUCCUGGAGCCUGAAAAGUUCCCAUAUCUCUACAAGUGCCUCUACGGACUUCUUAUGCUUCUCCCACAGUCAUCCGCCUUUGCUGCCCUCAAGAACCGCCUCAACAGCGUCAGCUCGAUUGGCUAUCUGCAUAUCACGCCUAGGCCAACGGCGUCAACGUCAGCUGGUGCCAAUUUCGACAGACCCAACAGGCUCAAAGGGCGAGAAGAAGCCAUUGUUAAAUGGGGCGAUCUGUUGGAAAAGUUCCGAAGUGUGCAGGAGAAAGCUCGGCGGACGCAGAGGCACGCCGGCGAGGGUCUCGACGAUGGCGCCCCGCUGGGUGUCGGUGACAUUCGACUUGGUGACGGACCAGAAAUGAAGGGAGGAUCCAAGGACACACGCAACAUGCCGGGGCCGCCAGUCCCGAUGAAAGACUCGUCUACGGUCCCUCCGCCGGUACCUCCGGCUGCUAAGCGGUCCGGUCUCGGGAGGCAGCUGGGCAGAUUUGGUGGCGCUGUGGCCGGGAGGGGAAAGCGACCUUGA